AUCAAUAAGACAAGUUUUGCAUGCAAUUAUAGUGUAUGUAUUUACCUAUAAAUAAUGAGAAAGUUGUAACAGUUUCAUACACACUCCACUAAAGUCUUCACAGUUACCACUUGUUUGUAACUAGCUAAAUGGAGUUUUCACAUAUCACGGUUUUGGCUCUCUUUUGUUUGGCUUUUGUGAGUACCGGUGUCAUACCAUCCGGAGAAGAUUAUUGGAAAUAUGUGUGGCCAAACACUCCUCUCCCUGAGGCUUUUUCAGAUCUUUUGCUUCCUUAUGGAAAAACUAAUAGCCUACCCAUUAGAGUCGAAGAAUUAAACCAAUACUCGACACUUUUUUUUCCACAUGAUCUUUAUCCUGGAAAGAAAAUUGUAUUGGGUAACACUCAGUCUGUUGCAAAGAUGGUGCGGCCAUUCACAGAACCAAGACAAGGUGUGACUGAUUCCAUAUGGCUGGAGAAUAAAGAAAGACAAAGUCUGGAUGACUUUUGUAAUAGUCCAACUGCUAAAGGAGAACACAAACAUUGUGUAUCAUCUUUAGAAUCUAUGAUUGAUCAUGUCAUUUCACAUUUUAGAACAUCAAAGAUUAAGGCUAUUUCAAGUACCUUCGACAAAAAUGAAGACCAAUAUGUUGUGGAGGAAGUAAAAAAAGUUGGUGACAAUGCAGUGAUGUGUCAUAGAUUGAAUUUUGAAAAAGUUGUAUUCAAUUGCCACCAAGUGCGUGAAACAACCGCUUACGUGGUCUCGUUGGCAGCACCUGAUGGAAGCAAAGCAAAGGCUUUAACCGUUUGUCAUCAUGAUACAAGAGGUAUGAACCCUGAGUUGCUUUACGAAGCUCUCAAAGUUAGCCCUGGAACUGUUUCUGUUUGCCAUUUCAUUGGCAAUAAGGCUGCUGCUUGGGUGCCUAAUUAUUCUGUUGACCGUCCUUGUGUUAUCUAGAUGCUAACUUCAUGUUCAAACUGGAUUUAUGUUCAAAUAAUAAAUGUAUGUAAGGACAAGUAUGAUUUUAUGUAUCCUAAAUAAAACAAAGUUAGAAAUAUGGUUGCAACUUUGUAUGUUUCGAUAAAAUUAUUCAUGUAUGUUUCAAUUGCAUAAUGAAAAAUAAUUGUAUGUUUUA